AUGACAAAUAUAAAUUCGCCGAUUGCACCCAUAGAGAAAGAUAUUAAUCAUAUAUUGCCAAAUGAAAAGCCUGUUACCACUACUUCGUCUUUACAAGCAUAUAUUCAACUAGUUGAACCUGUGAUGUUUUUACGUGGAUUUGAAAUUAAUGAUACUAAUAAUGAUAAUGAUAAAGAUAAUGGAACACCACCUUGUAUAAUGAGAGGUACAGUGAUUCUUCGAUUAUUAAAACCAACAAAAUUGAAAAAAAUUUCAUUAUCAUUCACAGGUAAUUCAAGAACGGAUUGGCCUGAAGGUAUGUCAAGUUUAGCAAUGAAAGAAACAGGCAAAAUGGUAUUACAAGAUGAAUUUAGUGAAAAUAAAAAAUUAAUUGAAAAUAAAUGGCCAUUUUUCAAUUAUCAAAACGUUAAUUUAUUAUUAAAAGAUGAACAAUUGAAAAAUAAAAAAAAUAAAAAAAUGACAAGAUUAGAUAAUAUUUUAAAAUUUUCUGGUGCAUCAAUUUAUAGACCCUUAAAUGAUUGUAAAGUCAAAGAUACUAAUAAUAUACCGAAUUUACAUAAAAAUGAUAAUGGAUCAUUAUUAUCAGAUCAGGAAAAUUUAUCUGAUGUUUCACCUUCAACAAGUAUAAAUAAUGAUAAAUUAAGCGAUAUGGAUAAAAUGAGUAAAUUAAUGAAAACGAAAUCUUUAAAUGAUCCUAAGGAAUCUUCAUCAUCACAACGAAGAGGUUCAUUUUUUGCAGAUUUAUUAAUAUCACCAUUUUCUCAUAAUAAUAGUAAUAAUAAUAAUAAUAAUAAUAAUAAUAACAAUAACAAUAACAAUAAUAAUAAUGCAUCAAUACAUUCAGGUAAUGAGAGCUACGCAAUUGAAGAUGAUGAAACGGAUGAUUUAAAUUCAAUUAAUGAUAUAUCUUCUUUAUUUGAAAAGGAUACUUUUGUAUUUCCAACGGGUGAAUAUGUUUUCCCUUUUGAACAAUUAAUUCCUCAUACUUUACCUGAAUCUAUUAAAGUAGAAUACGGUCAAGUGAAAUACCAAUUAAUGUUAGAGAUUAAACGUUUUAGUAUGUUUAAAUCUUCCUUUUUAUUAUCAAAACCUAUUCAACUUAUAAGAUCUCCAUCUGAUUCUUCCAUUGAAGAAAGUGAACCAAUUGUUAUUAGUAAAACAUGGAAGGAUAGAUUAAAUUAUGAGAUAAUGAUUAAUUCAAAAAAUGUUAUAUUAGAUGCCUUUUUACCAAUAUCAGUACACUUAGCUCCAACUGAUAAAAUUUGUAUCUAUAGAACUAGGAUAUAUAUUACAGAAUCUACUGAAUAUUACGCAAAUAAAAAAUCGAUCCAUAGAGUUGAAAAGACCAAAAAAUAUCUGCUGGCAGAACAUAAUGGUCCAUUUAAUGACCCCGAUAAUAAGAAUUUAGAUAGAGAAAAUUUUAGAAAUUAUGGUAAUUUAUUAGAAGAAGAAACUACUGGUGAUUUGAUUGAUAAAGUAUUUGAAUAUCAAGUCUUUGUUCCAAAGAAUUUCAAUGGUUAUAAACAAUUACAUCCAGAUACUACAAAUGAAGAUAUUGUUGUGAAUCAUUGGCUGAAAAUUGCAUUUAGAGUCUCAUUUGUAAUUGACGGGAAGACUAGAUUCUUUGAGGUCUCAAUAGAUUCUCCAAUACGUGUUCUUCACAGACUUUGUUCUCAUGCUAAUACACUGUUACCAAAUUAUUAUUCCAAUAUUAAAAUGCCAAAUGAGGAAGAAUAUGACCUAAUGAAUAGUUCUACAGUUAAUAAUUUAUAUCAUAGUUCUAAUAUUUUUUUCCCAAAGGAACUUUGUACCUCACCUAUUUUAAACACAGAUUUGGAUGUCUUCGAUUUAACAAUUCCCUCGAUUUUACAAAAUGAUAGACAUCGCCAGAGGAGAGGUUCGAAUAAAAACAAUGAGAAUGUUAAUGAGAAUUCAACUGGUAAACGAUUAUCAUUAUCAUUAGCCUCAUUAGGAACAACCAGGCCUACUAGAAACACUAUAAAUGUUGAUGAUGAUAAUAGUAGAAGGCAUAGUAUAGUUAUUCUAGACUCUCCAAGAAUGGUAUCAAAUAUAUACGAACCACAAGCAUUAGCAAAAGAAUUGGCAUACCCUCAAGCCAUACCCGCUUUUAGAUCUACCGUCACCGUACCAAUACCAAGGUUAGAACCACCACCUCCACCUUACCAGAAGACUCGUCAUCAUUCUAUUCCACAGACAUUUUCAAGGAUGUCUCAACUAACAGAAUCUCAAGAGACACUUAUUGGUAAUAAUGUUGAUAUAAAUAUUAAUACGGGUAUACAUUUCAAGAAUCCAAAUCCUUUUAAGAGACCAAGUAGUAUAAAAUUUAACCCAACGUAUUCAUCUUACGGAACUGCACCUGAUCAAUCUGAUCUUCCAAGCUUUACGUUUUCAUCUGCCCAAAACAAUGAUACAAUACUAAGAAGAAAUAGCAUUGCACAUGAACCAAGAUAUAAUAAUAACAACAAGAAUAAAACUCAUAUUGAAUCACCUUCAAGGUUCCCACCUGACUAUGAAGUUUCAGAAAGUACUGAACAAGAUGAUCAGAACGAUUUAACUAUGUUUAACCUAGAUGAAAACGCAUGGUAUCCUCAUCCAUUGACUUGA